GUAGCAACUUUCUUUGUCAUUGCGCGGUUCUACUUGCGAAUUUCAGUUUUAUUGCGGUUGCACAACCUGAAGUGUAAUAGUGGAAAAUGUUACAACCAGUGACUGUUGGGAUUAUGUUAGUAAUAUGUAUCAACUUUAUCAGUGCUGACGAUGCUUCCAGUUCUUAUGCUAAGGUUGUUACGCUAGGAUCGAAUGGUGAUAAAGAAUCUUGGCAGGGCGACUCAGGACCCAAACUCUUCAAGGCUCUACACACGGAUCUAAAUAUCCCAGUUUCAACAACAAAAACUAUAGAAACGACUGCUUCUGGUCAGGAUAAGGAUUCAUCAUUAGGACGGGCGUAUACGUAUAUAAAUCCUUACCGAAUUUAUCCCCGUAGACAAUAUUCAGUGAAUAAAAACCGAUCGCCUUCGGUGAUAUACCCACGAUACGGCUCGUCAUAUAAACGAAUAGACCAGGCGAUGGAUCGAUAUACACCAGGCGAGGCCGUUGCAACUGCUCAAUUUAAAAAGAACAAGGAUGGAUACAAUUAUAAUCCACCAAAAAUGAAACCCACGAGACCAUCCGCGAUUAGCUAUACUCCACCCAAAGAUUUAUAUGCAUUUCCUCCAAAUCUGGAUUCUAACUAUUUACCACCAACGCAACCACCCCCGAGUAAACCCAGGAAGCCGAUUACUAGUUAUAUACCCCCACCAGCUGGAGCGCCUAGUGGUUUUGUGGGACCAGUAAAUCCUGAGUAUCUACCUCCGUUUAUGAAGGAAUCCAAAAGCGAAGACAAGGGAAAACCGGCUGAUUCUGAUACAACAGAAAUGCCAGCCUCGAACCCAAGUGAUGAUAUGCUACCUCCGCUCACAGAUAGCGAAAAUCCACCGUCCAGUGAAACAGAAAUGUCUGCCGAGAAAGAUAUGCCACCCAACGAGAGUAGUGAUGAAAUGGGUAAGCCAGAUAUGGAAGAUGAUAUGCUUUCCCACAUAGAAUCUCCGGAUAUGCCGGAUAUGCCGGUGAUGGAUGAAAAACCCUCCAGUAUGGACGAUCAUCCAGACUCCGACUUUGUACCUCCCGGUGAUCAUGAUCAUUUCCAUCUACAUGGUGGUCAUUCAUUUUACGGAAGUCAUGGAGUCGAUGCGUUUCCAGAAAUAAUAUAUGACGACCAUGACCAUCACCAUUUCCACCAUGAUCAUCCUCCACCAAUAGUGGUGACGACCACUACAGCGAAACCUGAACCACCACCUGAACCUCGAGUGAAAAAGUACAGCUACUUUUAUCUUGGCCGAAAACUUUGGUAUAUUCCACUCUACUUCACCGUGUGGUUCAGUUUCUACAUUUUUUGGUUGAUUGUCAAGUCCAUUGCAAGGCACAAGGUCAAUCUUCCAAAUCAUUAUACAGGUAGGAUGAUGAAACGGGAUCUUACGGAGUAUUUUACACAUCGGGAAACAAUGGAAAACAUCAACGAUCUAACAGUACGUGUUAUCGAAUACAUUGAGGAUUUUGGGAAAAAGUACCCCAAUUCUGCUACUUCCUAAUCAUGUGCAGUAUAGCUGCAUCUAUAUAUAUCU